AUGUCUGGCCUGCAAUCCCAGCUCAUUCUGUUUGAACACUUGAGUGCUUGUGACCUUCAUCCCUUCGACCCGGACUUCCAAACGCCUCUCAUCCUAGGCGAGUCGUUAGAUUUUUCGGACUCUGAAGAGUCACAGUUUGUCGGUGCGUUUUCAGACGGCCUGUGGGCCAAGUCUGAGCCCAUCCUUUCUAUGUCUAGCUUCCCGAAGCCCGCUGCCGGCACCAUACUAGACUUCGCCUCCACGCGGUCUCUGCAUGAUGCUGGCUCUUACUCGACCUAUGUUCAGACCCCAUAUGUGAAUACACCUCUUGUACCAUCGCCCAUGGCCGACCAGGCCAGUCAGGUUUCUGACUGUGUUCCUUACAUUCCAAACACCGAGUACGCCAGCUCGUACGAAGACGCUCAGUCUCCAAUGAUGGUUGCUCGCACUCGCCAACUGCCGGAGAUUGUAUCAUAUACUCCCCAGCGUGGCUGUGAGGGUACUCGUGUUGUUGUGCAGGUUCAGUCUCCGUUUGAUCUGCAUAGCUCCACAUACGGGGCUUUGUACUUGGUCUUCGGCUCGAAGAAGAGCGAGUGCCUCCCGCACUUCCUUGGAUUCGAGGAAAAUGCAUUCCAAUACGCUAUCUCAGCAGAUGCACCGACCUUCAUUUCCACUGGCUCUGCCUCCUAUGCUGUGCCCAUCCAGGUCGAAAUGGAAACCUCAACCGAUUGUGCCCCCACCAUCUUGCAAGUUGGUGUCUAUACAUAUGAGCAUGUUUCUCAGCCUUCUCCCCCUGCUGAUUCGCGGAAGAGAAAGUUUUCUUCAUAUUCGGACAACCCCGUCCCCGCUCCGGCCAAACGGGCCACUGGCCCAGUGAUCAAAGGCGAGCCUCAUGACAACUAUUCCUACCGGGAUCACCGAGCCCCAACCUACUCCCCGUAUAUGCAGAACCUUCCCAAUAUGACUGGGUACAUCACCCCGUUCCACGCCGCCUCUUCACCUCGCACAGGCCCCAUCCACUAUUCUGGCGUCUCGGCUACUCCUCAACCUGCCAUCCGGGCCCCAUCUCCUCUGACCCCAGUAUGGAGCCCAUCCAUGCUAUCUGUAUCACACGAUGGUCGUCAGGGACUGACUGUGGCACAUGGCAUUCCGCAGCACAGGGGGCCAUCUCCUGCACGUUCUGGCCACGCCCCGACUUUGAUUCGCACCUCCACUCUGCAGCAGGGAAGUGGUCUACAAUCGCACCAGCACUUCAACCCAUACGCCUCAAUCUACCCAACCAAGGCUAUCUUGAAACUCAAUGGGGAUUUGGACACCAUGACCGAUGGAUGGACCAAGCAGGAGCGGGAUUCGCAGCGUCGCCUGGUGCAGUUUACACGCAACCAGAUCGGAAGCACCAUCCAUGCCGAUUUCAAGCCUGUUGCUCCCGAGGACCGCCCUCAGAAUAGCAUUUGCAUUAGCUGCAUCUCCUGGGAAGGUAAGGAUGAGUGCUACGUCACUAGCGUGGACACUAUUUACCUUCUCGAGGCUCUCGUCGGCGUUCGUUUCACGGUCGAGGAGAAGAACCGCAUUCGCCGCAACCUCGAGGGAUUCCGCCCUCUCACUGUCUCAAAGGCCAAGGCGGACAGCGAAGAGUUCUUCAAGGUCAUCAUGGGCUUCCCCGCACCUAAGCCGCGCAACAUCGAGAAGGAUGUUAAGGUCUUCCCCUGGAAGAUUCUCAGCCAUGCCCUGAAGAAGAUCAUUGGGAAAUACUCUGCCAGCUACUCCUCCACCGCGGGUGCGCUGCCGACUGCGAUCACUAGUUACGCGGGUCAUGGCACUGGUUCUGAUUCGGGCACUGAGACUCACGCUCCAUCUCCACAGUCAGUAUCCGACCAUGGUGCAGCUCACAACUACACAACUGCUAUGGCGGCUCCGGCCUACUCAACACAACCUGGUCAGUGCGCUUCGCUGACAGCGGCUCCUGAUCUCCGCUCGAUGAUGCCUUCAGUCAACCAGCCAUACAACUCCGUUGGCACAUAUUCCUAUCCGGCCAUCUGCCAGCCCCAUAACGUCCACGCUUUGGUCGCCCCGAUCCAUCGGACUGGAUGGGACAUGCACGGACUUGGCGCUGCAGCGCCUGCGCCUACCGUCCCAGCUACUGGUUGCUAUUCCUAUAUGGACCCUGGGUAUCCUCUUCACGACGCGGCUAACGGCCCGUGA